AUGACGCUCAGCAACACGCUGCUCACCGACCCAUCCCCAUCCAACGAGCCGGGCGCACUUCCGGCAAGACUGCUCGCAGUCGCAACACUCCAGAUACUCGCCAAUUCCACCCAGUUCACCUCCGUCAGACCCGUCUCACUCUCAACCCUCACCGAUGUCGCUGCUGGCUACCUCGAACUCAUCGCACAGGCCGCCCGGGCCUCGGCAGACCACUCUGGCAGGACCCAGAUCAACGGCUGGGACCUGUCGGGCGUACUCGAAAGCUUGGAUGGCCCCGGGGCCCUCUCUGGCCUGCAUAACUGGUGCAUCGAAAACCUCGCCAGCAAGCAAACCAUUCCCAACCAGUCAGAGCCGAUCGACAAACUAGCUUAUGUGGCUAAGAACUUGAAACAAUUCAGCCACACCCCCUCGGUAGAGCCGAUCACCACCCUAUCCUUCCUGCCACUAACGGAUGCCGAGAUCGCCGCACUCGAUCGCGCAGGAGAAUCAGACCUUGAAGACGACCAUCCAAGCCCAUCCAGCCAGUCCAGCUCAUCCCAAGAUGAUUCCGAUCUCGAAAACAUGCGGUCUCUCACCUCCCCCACAACACUCCCUCAACCAAACUUACAACCAGAUGCCCAACCCCCCACCCUAAUCGACACCCAAGUCCCAACAACAGCAACGACCCCCUGGAGAUCGAUCAAUGACAUCCCGGCUUACGUCCCUCACCACCUCCCGCCCUUCCCCGGCUUGGAACGUGUAUCAACAUCGACUCGUACCGAAGCACAUCUGCUCAGCGGAGAACCCACACAUCAUCCGAUCCCAGCCCCACUAUCUGCUCCGACCACCCAUCACGAACCAAAUCUCUUCAACAACCUCAACCCUUAUCUGGUCGCCGUCCCAUUCUCCAGGUCCCAAUUGGCCGAAAACCAUGGUUCAUCAUUUGUUGCACCCAAGGAACCGCUCCGUUCGACUUCACCCGCCAACGUCCAUCCAGAGGGAGAAGGAGGUCGAUCGGAAGAAGAGUCGCCGGCGCGUAAGAAAGCGAAAUUAUCGAGCUCAUUGGAAGGAUUCUUACAGACAUAUGCUUACAUGGUCGAGGAGAAAAUGACGAACACCAGCACCAGCAGCAACAUUAACAACAUCAACAAGGGGGCAAUGGAAGAGUCCAAGUUCAUGAGGCGGAACGCAGUCCGACAGCGGUUCAUAGCCGGCGAACAGACCAUGCCGAUACACGACAGUCUCAUCGGCACGAUUCCGGUGAGCUCGAUCCGGGCCAACCGCUGGUCGGCGGGCUGGAUCCCCCACCCUCCGAGCCAAGACGGAAGACUGCUACCGGUGCCCGAGCUGAAGCCGUUCGGACACACCGCCCUGCCCGCCCCGGUCACCAUGCCCGUCCCCAUCCAGUUCCCCCCAUGUCCGCCCUUCCACCAGCCCCACCCCCGGAUCCCCGACCUGAUCCCCCGUCUCUUCCGGAGAGUCAGCCAGGAGCCCGGGGGCGAACGCUUCACCCUGAUCAGCAGGAUGAGCAGACUCGGCCCGCCCUCCGAGCUCGGCGAGGCCGGCGAGCCCUUGCCCUACAAGAUCAAAGACCUGCCCACCCCCCUCGAACAACCCACCCCCAACAACUUGUUGAUCAACAACAACAACAGCGCACUCAGCCAGCCUAAGUACAUCCAAUGGGGCUUCCAUUGGCCCCCGAAUGAAGGCCGCGACCCGUUGCCCACACCCAAACCCCCGUCAGACUUCAAACCCCCCGAGUUCCCGGGGAUGCCCAAAACUACCGCCGAGAAGUUGAGACUCGUCCAGCGCGAUAAGGAACUCGCGGCUAUCGCUGCCGCCGCCGCCAAUAACCUCACCCAUUCUGACGUUCACCCGCUCCCGGAUUCUGAAUUUAUUCAGCCCCCGCCUUCUACCUCCCUUCCCACUCUUACUCCCUCUGGAUCAGCUCCUAUGGACGAAGAACCUCUUCCGUAA